CUAUCGUCGUCGUGCGCAGCACCGCCCUCUUCAUCAUCUCUGCUGUCAGCAGCCCUGGCCCCGCCCCCUGUUAGUGUCUAAAGAUGGCGGCUGCUGAGCUGGAUAUAAACUCAAAAACACUGAAUUCUGAAGAAGAGAAGAAUUGUGUUUCUGGGCAAGGGCAAGAAGUUGCAAUUCCUGAGGAUUACAUUAAACAUCCACUACAAAACAGAUGGGCCCUGUGGUUCUUCAAAAAUGACAAAAGCAAAACCUGGCAAGCCAACCUGCAGCUCAUCUCAAAGUUCGACACAGUUGAAGACUUUUGGGCGCUAUACAAUCACAUUCAGCUUUCCAGCAAUUUAAUAUCUGGGUGUGACUACUCACUCUUUAAGGAUGGUAUCGAGCCUAUGUGGGAGGAUGAGAGGAACAAGAAAGGAGGCCGCUGGCUCAUCACUCUCUCCAAACAGCAACGAAGAGCCGACCUCGACCGCUUCUGGCUCGAGACGCUGCUGUGCCUCGUGGGGGAAGCGUUUGAUGACCACAGUGAUGACGUCUGUGGUGCGGUGGUCAACAUUCGGACGAAAGGAGACAAGAUAUCAAUAUGGACAACAGACUACGAAAACAAAGACGCAAUUGUGCACAUCGGGAGGGUGUAUAAGGCCCGAUUAGGUGUCCCACCUAAAGUCAUCAUCGGGUAUCAGUCGCAUGCCGACACAGCUACCAAGAGCGGCUCCACCACUAAGAACAAGUUUGUGGUGUAAGAACUGUCCCAGUACACACAUUUGUUACAGUAACUGUGACAGAAGUCCUGUUCUCCAGAUGAAACCAAAGUUACACCUGAGAAGAGUGAAGAGCCAGAGGAGAAUAACAAGGAUCAGCACACUACAAUAAGUUAAUUAGUGUUGCGUUUUUUUUGUUUUGUUUUGUUUUUAGGUGGGGGUGUUGUUUGACAUAAGCAGGUGGAAACAUGCAAAAAAAAUAGUGUCUUAUAUACAUUUACACAUGUAUAAAUGCAGAACCAUUUUAAUAUUUCUUUGAGUUUAUUAGUUUGCUUUCUUAUACUUUUGAGUUGUUGCUGAUAUGUGGAUGAGUUUUAUUAUGUUUACAACAUAGUUUAUUUCUAAUUAAUAUUGAACAAAUAGAUAGUGGUAAAACAUGAUGAACAUAUAUAUAUAUUUCGAUUUUUGGAUACGUUGGCCAAGAUACAAUAAAAAAAAAAAAACAGGAACAAUGUAAUCUUGUAUUUGUCCAUUUGGACCCUGUUGUAAAUGUGUAUGAUUGACUUUUCUAUUACACUGCAUUUUGUAAUCCUAGUGUUUAUAUUGAAAUAUUUGAUAAUUAUAUUACAACAUAUGAGUUCUGUGGGCUUUAUUAAAAGAUCAUUUUUAAAGCCAUGACUGUUUAUAAAAGAAUGAGAAUAAUAAAAUAAGAUUGUGUUGUAUGUAUUAUAUACAACUGUAAAUAAACCUGUAUAGUGUGUUAUCUUAA